CGCCUCCCCCACCUUCAAACGAACGCACACCCACAAACAAACAGUCGCGGUCCCCAACCCCCCUCCCUCACUGUCAUGCUCUCUGGACUAGCCAGGCUCGACCGUGUUUCUCGAGGCGCUCCGAUCCCGCCCAAAAACAAGAGAAAACUGGGACGCGCGGUAUCGAUACGUGAUGGGGAUGCGGUGAUGCAUGAAUGAGACGAAGCACGCGGCGGUCUGAACCAUGAUCGGCGGUAAACGGGGAUCUGUCUGAGACUGAGUCCGCGUGGAGGCGAGGAGGACGGAGAUGGCUCAGAUGAAGACGGCGAUCUUGCUGCUCGUGCACUGGGUGCUCCAGAGCGCCGUGGGCCGCGACGUGACCCUUCCGUCUGGACCCCUAUUCCGCGUUGCUGGGUUCCCUCUUGCGCUACCCUGCACCGUGUCGGGGUUUGAAGGGUCACGCACCCAGGAGUUUGAGUGGUUCCUUUACAGAGACAACGCCGGCGGGAGGCAGAUGGGAGUGGUGUCCACCAGGGACAAAGGCUUUCCUUAUGCGCCGUUCCAGAGCCGGGUCAGGAACGGGGAGGUGAGGGUGGAGAGGGACUCGGGGGACAAGGUCCGACUGGUGAUCCAGAGGCUCCGGGCUGAAGACCAGGGCAAGUAUGAGUGCUACACCCCGAGCACGGACAGCACCUACCAGGGAAACUACAGCGCAACAAUAGCUGUAAAAGUGAUUCCCGACACCCUCCAGAUUAGCUACACCCGCUCCCUCACAGGCCAGGCUGUGCCCGAGGGGGCGGAGCUGACCCUCACCUGCUCGGCCAACAUCCAAUCGGAGCAGCUCACGCAUCUCUCCAUCACCUUUGGAAAGAGGGGAGGAGGGGAGGGCUCGAGCGGCGCCGCUGGAGGGGAGGUCAGCACCACCAGGGAGAUCAUCUCCAUCGAUAAGCUCCUGGGGGUGGUGCCCGGGGGCUCCUACAAGAAACGCUACGACGAUGGGGAGAUCCGGCUGGAGAAGCGGAACGGGGAGAGCGGGCAGGGCGUGUACGUGAUGAGCAUGGGGGCGGUGAGGCCCGAGGACAGCGGCUCCUACUUCUGCGAGGCCUCUCAGUGGAUCCGGGAUCCUGAUCGGUCGUGGCAGAAGAUCGCCCAGAGGACGCUGGACAUCGGGAAUUUGACCGUCCAACAGUUAGCCGAGACCCUGAGUGUAACAUCUCCCAGAGGGGAGGUGACCCUCCAGGUUGGCUCCCGUCUGAUCUUGACCUGCGAGGUUCUGGGGCUGCCCCCAGAGGUAAAUUCAGGGCUGCUGGUUCAGUGGAUGAGAAGAGGAUCUGUGAGUGGCGAUGCAGUCAGUAGUGGAGGUGUUGAGGUUGAGGUGGCCCGCAUGAGCCCGGAUGGCAUUGUGAGCUGGGGAGACGACAGCAGCAGAGCUGACGAUGGCUCCAUGGAGAAAGUAUCAGAGGGGAAGUUCUCCCUGAAGCUGUUCUCAGCCAGGCCUGCCGACUCCGGCGUGUACCGCUGUGUGGUCAGUGUGUACGCUGGCAGGAAACAUCCGGCCCUCUCCACACCCGCAACCAUCACCCAGAGGUCAGAGGGGGUCACUGUCAACCUGAAGACCAAAGACAUUCUGAUUUCAGCUGUGGCUCAGAUUCCUCAGGGCCCUCUACUCAAGCGGGGCAGCACCAUCACUUUAGUCUGCAACACCACCAUCAAAACCACAGGUUCUGCCCCCCAGGCUCUGAUCCAGUGGUUCCGGAGACCGAUCCCCAAACCAGGUCCGGUUGAAUCGCAAAACAGUCUACCGGAACCUGCGGAUGUGGAAAGACCUACACUGAUGGCUGCUCUCAUGUACAACGGUGUGGCAAAAAUCUACAUCAACAGCAGUGAAAUUAGCAUCGACCGCCUGUCAGCCGUCACCUACAGACUGAGGAUCCACAUGGCGACGAUGGAAGACCAGGGUGUGUACUCGUGCCAUGCUGAAGCAUGGGGGCAGGACCCACAUGGAGCCUGGUACAGCACUGGGGCCAAAGCAGAGUCAAACGCAGUGACUGUUUACCUGUACGCAAGAGCUGCCGACCUCCUCCUCAUCCCUCUGGUGGUGGGAGUCUCGUCCGCAUUAUUCAUCUGCAUCCUCAUCAUCAGCACCGUGACCUGCUGCUUCAUGAACCGUCUGGCCAAACAGCGUGGUCGCAAAUAGAGGGUUCUCACCGUUUCCUCCUGGCUGUCUGGGAGCUGAUGGGUCAUUGAGAAGGCAGAAAGGACUUUAACAUCAUAGACGUUUUCUGACUUACAGUCUUACAAAUAAUGCCAAAAAAUGAAUUCUCUUGUAUUUUUAUAUGCAAACGUUACAGUUUGAUGAUGCACCAUCAGGCAUUCAAGCCUAGAUUCUUUAUAGCAACGCUAUAUACACUUUCUAUGGACUCUAUAUGUAAAGAACGAGGAAAGUGGUUGACAAAAAAGCUUCAAUUUGUGUAGUUUCUGCAGUUUGUGUCAAGUCUGUACUUCUCUCUGUAAGUCCCUCUAAAGUUUACUUGAUGAUGUAUGUGGAUCAUAAUUUAAAAUGCAAAAAUGUUCCGUUUUAUUAUUGAAAAAUGUUAAACUUUUUCAUUUCCCCCUCCCAAAAUAAUCCAACAAUGUGCACGUUUGAGUAUGAUUAAACCACUGAUGCUGACUGUCACAUGAAUGCUGACUGGAUCACUUUAGCCUCCAGGACCCCAACACCAGCCAGUCCAACCCAUGGAGUCCAGCUCUGUUUUCACAUUUAGCACUUAAACAAUAGUUUAAAAAAAAAUCCUACUGGGACAAAAGGCUGUGGUUUCAUUAAAAGUUAUCAUCUUCUGGCUAAUCUUAUUUUUUUUCUUCAUAUUUAUAUUUGUGAGAUUUCUUGUUUCCUGAGUGUGGUUUUAAAGCUACAAUGUGAAAAAAAAGUGUUUUCUGAACAAAGUAUAACGAUUGUUUUGCUUAAAGCGUGCAGUCCUCAGGCAUGAGGACUUCCUGAGAAGCACAGCCAUAUGACUGUUCGGUUAAUAAAGCCUGUUGAUUCUUUUCCCUGCUGUGGUCAUGUGAUCGAAGCCUCUCAUUCAGGCUUGUUAGCCCACAGAAUUUUGUUACUGCUCACUGAAAAAAAAACUCACUUUUGGAAGUAACUUUUUGGUCAAUCAAGGUUACAGUCUGUUUUUAUUUUUUGUCCUGGAAGCAAAAAUCCCAUCCUGUCUGACUGCUGCUCCCUCAUAAUAGAUGUUCACAGGCACAUGAGGAAUAAAAUUACAGCCUGCUUCCUGA